UAAACAUUUUUUUUGACGAAAAAAAAAACACAAAACCUUGGCAGCAGCUCCGAAACCUCAACCUCUGUUCCCUCUUUCCUCAAAACCAAAAAUCACAAAGAGAAGCCAUGAAAAGAAGAAUCACAAAGCUUCUAAGCCUCUCAUUUUCAUCUCUACAAUCUCAAAUUCAAAAUCAUCACCAACCACUCUCAAAAUCACUACCACCAACUUCUUCUUUCUCAACAUUUUCCAACUCUGAAAGAGAUUCACUCAUUCUCCAACAGUUCAAACAAAGAAAACUCAAAGGGUCAUCAAAUUCAGUUUUAAAUUCAAGUUUUGAUGAUACUAAUGAUGAGAAAAUGAUUCAAAAUGGUUUGAAAAAUGGUACUAUGGUGGUUGGUGGCUUUAAGGAGUUGGGUAUGAGUGAUGAGCUGAUUGAGGUUAUGGAAGAGAUUGGAGAGUUUGUGCCAAGUGAGAUACAGUGUGUUGUUAUUCCAACUAUUUUGGAUGGGAAGAGUUUGUUGUUGAGUUCACCUUCUCAGCAUGAUAGGACUUUGGCUUACUUGUUGCCUCUUAUUCAGAUGCUGCGACGAGAUAGAGAGUUGCUUGGUUCAAAUUCAAAGUAUCCUCGAGCCGUUGUUCUUUGUGCUUCAGAGGAGAAAGUUGAACAGUGUUUUAAUGCUGCAAGAUAUAUCAUCCAUAAUGCAGAAGUGAAGUCCGCAAAGAAUCGUGCUUCAUCAGAUACCGAAAAGUCAAAUUCCUCAAUUGGCUUGAUGAUUGGAACUCCUCAUGAGAUCCUUCAAUACAUUGAAGAGGGGACUAUUGUUCCUGCUGAAUUAAAAUGCUUGGUAUUGGACGAAGCAGAUUCCAUGCUUGGUAGCAGCAACCUUGGUCCUGAAAUUAAUAAAAUUAUCAGACCAUUACAACAUAAUGAAUCAAAAUCCAGUGUCAAAAGAUUGCAAACGAUCAUGGCAAUUUCAACUAUAGCUGAGGUUUUGGGUGAAGAUUCGCCGAUUGUGAAACGACUUGAGCGUGAUCAUGCCGGAAAUAUUUCUGCAUUGUCUGUGGAAAUGGAAGAAACAGAAGUUUUUCAUUUGACAGAGUCUCUGGAUGCUCUUAAGAAAAAAUUGGAAGAAGCCAUGAAUUCCCUUUAGAGAUAACACUAACAUUUCGGUGUACAAUUUCUCUAGGUUUGUGUAAUAUUUUACUGUAAAUUACGAGUAAUAUAAUUAUAUUUUCGCACCGAAUCAUAGAAAUGGCAUCGAGGAGGUGUUACAGUUACUA